AUGGACAUUGGCAGCUUUGCCGCCGAGUUUCAUGCUUUGGCUGACCUCAUUAAGGAUCCUGAGGAUACGGAGUCCGCACUGCCCCCAGGUUAUGUGUCGCGUCCCACGCCUGGCACAAUCGGCCCCAAGGAGCUGCUAGAUGUUAAGGUGCCUGCGCCGAAAGUUAGGCACGAUCCCAAGGAGAUUUGGCGGGAGGAUGAGUUAGAGGAUGCCGUGGAGGACGACUACGAGGACGGCCGCCAGGUUCCCAGCUACGACUUUUUGUACAAGCAGGCGGUAGACACGGCGGACAACUUCUUGGGAAUAAGCGGCAAGGACCCAUCAUCCACCAGCUGCGAGGAUCUGGUAGUGCGCGUGGAGCUACCUGAGGCCUCGGGAGCGGCAGAGCUUGACUUAGAAGUCAAGGAUACCUACUUGAAGCUCAGCUCGCCCCAUUACAAGCUCUCUGUACAUUUGCCGCACAAAGUGGAUGGCCAGCGCGGCAAGGCAAAAUGGGACGGGAGCAAAAAGGUGCUAUCCGUCACCUUGCGCAUACGGAACGUGUUGGCACCGUUAAGCAGCUUCGCUUUUGGCAACAGCUUUGCAUCGCCUAGCAAUGUGCAAUUCCGCGCUCAAGCAUGCCCUCAGCUGCUGCUCCAGAAAAGCCGGAAGUAUCACCCUUCAGAAGUCCGGUACCAACGAGUGGCUAACAACCUCCGGUCUGGCAGUGCGAAGUGCUCCAUUCGGCGGCAGCCGCAGGCAUCAUCGCCUUCAGGGUCGACACUCACACCCCAGCAAGCUGAUUUGCUCGCCCACCUGGCGGCAUCCUGUGCGCUUGCACCCUCCUCGGAGCUUCAGGACGAGGUCAUUGGCUUUGGCAAGGACGACUUGGCCGUUGCUCAGUGGACUGUUAAUACUCUAGGCCUGCAGAGCUCAUUGCUUUGAGCAGGGGGUAUUUGCUCGUGACUAGCAGUGGUUGGAAGUUAAAACACGUGCUGUCCCUGUGCGGCAGCAUGAUAUGGUGAGCGGGCCGUUUAUCUCGCUGGUCGUGCUCAUUGCAGUCGAUCCAGUUGCGGAGGGGAUCUGGCGUAGGGUCAUGUUAGCGUGUCCCUCGACAGAAAUUGAGCUGUUUGUAUUACUUUUCGCUGCAUUGUGGCCACUCACAGAAGAUAUGGGAAGCUCUGUUGAUGCGUCCCUAGACGGGGAUUGAGAGGGCAGGGACGUUGCCACGGUGUCCUGCUCUUCCGGCAGUGCAUUUCUUUCUUAUAAGUGGUCCUCUUUUCGCUGACACAGCAACAGCAAGUGAUGUGUUUCCACCUGGGAGAGGGCAACCUGUACGGUGCUACAUCCAUGUGAGCGCCAAUCCUAUGCUCCUACACAGGACUUGACGUGUUGGCCUAGGUGGCUUGUUGCGAAUUUGUUUUUGCAGUUGUGUUUCUACUUUAUACAUAAUUGGAAAUGGCGUGUGAAGGGGGCCCCACAGAAUGACGGAGCUAGCGCGUCAUUCGCCCACCAUGAGCAUGUGCGUUGUACACUUUUCCUAUAUACGUAUCACAGGUCGGGCACAGUGUACCCCGGGACUGACGCUAGCGGAAAGACGUUGAAAACAAUGCAGGUGCGGUUUUGGAUUAAGUUCUGGACAUUUCCCUAGCGCGGUGCCUAUGGAUGAAGGUAUGUGUAUGCUGGAAAGUGGUGGUUGAUCUUGGUCGAUGAAGAAAGAGUGUGUGGAGUUGGCUGGGGGACUGGGGUUUCUGUCCCUCGGUCGGCCUUUGGUGUGAGCGUGGCGGUUGGCGAACCGCCACCGGUAGCUGACCAGGAAAUAAAUGCUUUUGUUAGGGCCGAUGAUUGUGCUACUCGUAGAAGAUAUUUUGCGAAAAAGAGCGUAUUUAUUCUUGCGCAUACCAUGCAAGUUCGGCAAUGUCGGCCCUCGCCAAGGCUUGUUGUGACCGAUGGCUAACUUGACUCUGUAAACAUCUUGCUAAUAC